UUCGCGCUGCCGUGACGGGAAAGGGACACUAGGGGAGCCGUUUAGCCCAAAUCCUUUGUGGCGUUUGCGACAACUCCACCAGGCUCCACAGUCCGGGCCGAAAAAACCGGACCGAGUCAGUUGAGUUGAGGAGCUUAAUGUCGACAAAUGGUGAAAUCAAAUAACAAGCAAAGUGCAGAGCACACAAAAGAGUGUACAAAACGUGUGUGUGUGUGUGUGUGUGUGCGAAAGAAAAUGGAUUUCCUUCCUCUGCGACAGAGAAUGGGCGGAAGUGUGUGUGUGUGGGGGGGGGGGGGGUUGGCGCUCGGCCUUGGCUUUUAAAGACAAUAACAGAAGCUGUGUUGCUUUGCGUGUGUGUGCGUGAAGUCCAGCCUUUUAAAUGGAGGCAAUGGAGGUCAAAACAAAAGGAGAAAUCAACAAAAAUGGUUUUGCCAAGUUUUUUUCCGUUUGCCUUUUUCCCACGCCCGCACGCAACUGGUCUUUGUGUGUUUGUGUCGGUGGAAAGCGCCGCCCGAGGCCCGCCCUGUCAUUAGCGUUGGACCGGCGGCGCGUUGGCUGCUGGAGGCAGGACACCAGCCGCCAUGAGAUUAGAACGUUUGGUCGGGGUCACCGUCAGGCCGGGCCGGGCCGCGCCGCUGUCUGGCUCGCCUGGGACCAUCAUGCGAGGGCAACUGCGCAAGCACAUUCAAAUAGCACUCAUUCAUCCAUUUUAUUUGCCACUCGGCUGACUGAGCGAGCCAAGUGGGCCAAGUGCGCCGCCGCUUCAUCCUCCUCAUCCUCCUCCCCACUCAGCCAAUCAGAGCUCAGUCGCGGCCGCUCACGUUGACCUCUGCUGCCCCUGCUGUAACAACCUUGUAACGUGACCUCUAAAGCUGUGUGCGAGAGCGGGAGGGGGGCAGGGUCAGAGGCUCUUCGCAGCCUAUCAGGUUUCAGCUUGAGCCAACAGGUGAACUGCUUGUUGUCGGGCAAACAUGAUCAAGUGGCAACCCCGCAGGAAGGCCUACUUCCGCCAGGCGGUGGCGCUGCAGCACCUGGGUCGCCACGGAGACGCCCUGGCGGCCUUUGCCUCGGGCCUGGCUCGGGACCCCAAGAGUCCGCAGCUUCUGACGGCCAUGAUGGAGGCCGCCAUGAAGUCGCCCCUCCGAGAUUCUCUGGAGCCCGCCUACCGGCAGCUGCAAAGCCUGAAGCUGGAGCGCAGCCCCUUCAUGGUGGUGUCGCUGGUCGGACAGGAGCUGCUGACGCACGGCCUGCACGCCGCCGCCGCCGAGGCGUUGGAAGCGGCCCUGCAGAUCGGCACGUGCUCGCUGAAGAUGCGCGGUUCCGUCUUCUCGGCGCUCGGCGCGGCUUACUGGUCGCUCGGCCGUGCCGAGAAGAGCCUGGCCUACAUGCGACGGGACCUGGACGUGGCCCGCACCUUAGGUGAGCAAGCGGGCGAAUGCCGAGCCCGCGGCAACCUUGGCGCCGCCCUCUUCUCCAAAGGCCGUUACCGAGAGGCGCUGGCCAAUCACAGGCAGCAACUGAUUCUGGCCAUGAAGCUGAAGCACAAAGAGGCAGCGUUCCAAGCUCUCCGAGGGUUGGGCCACGCGUACACGGCCAUGGGCGACUACCCCAAUGCGCUAGCCAGCCACAAGCAGUGCGUCGCGCUGGCCAAGCAAAAUGGCUGCCGGCUGUCCGAGGCCCGGCAGCUGGGCGACACGGGCGCUGUGUACACCGCCAUGGGAGACGUCGCCGGCGCCCUGCGGUGCCACCAGGAACACUUGGACAUCGCCAAGAGUCUGGGGAACCGGCGCGAGGAGGCUCGGGCUUACAGCAACCUGGGCAGCGCCUACCACGCUCAGCGCGACUACGACAAAGCCGUGACGUACCACAGCCGAGUUCUCAAGCUGGCCCGGGAGCUCGGAGACGGCGACGGCGGCGGCAGGGUGGAGAUGAGGGCCUUGGCCGGCCUGGGACACGCCGCCCGAUGCGUGCAGGACCUGGACGGAGCGCUGCGCUAUCACCGGCGUCAACUGGAAAUCGCCGAGGAGCUCGGGGACCCGGGGGCUCGAGGCAGAGCCUCUUCCAACCUGGGCAUCGUCCACCAGAUGCGCGGCGACUACCACCUCGCCCUGAAGUCCCACAAAGCUGACCUGCUGUGCGCCCAGGAAGUGGGGGACUACGCCGCCCAGGGCCGGGCCUACGGCAACAUGGGCAACGCCUACCACGCCCUGGGCCUCUACGAGCAAGCGGCCGGCUUCCACCGGCAGGAGCUGAACAUCUCUCUGGAGGUGAACGACCGGGCGUCCCAGGCCUCCACGCACGGCAACCUGGCGGCGGCCUACCAGGCGCUGGGCGCUCCGGACCGGGCCCUCCAACACUACCUGCGCCACCUGAGCGUCUCAAGGGAGCUGGGCGACGUUCAGAGCCAAGCCAGAGCGUUAGCAAACUUGGGCAACUUCCACUGCUGCCGAGGCCACUACGAGGAGGCCUUGCCGUACUACCGCCAGUACUUGCUUCUGGCUCCCGGCCUUGGGGAUCCGGAGGCCCAGGGAAAGGUUUGCCACAACCUCGCCUACGGCCACUUCUGCCUGGGACACUACCAAGAUGCCGUCAGGUACUACCAGCAAGAUCUGGCCUUGGCCAUGGAACUUCAGGACAAGCUGGCCCAGGCCAAAGCCUACUGUAACCUGGGCCUGGCCCACAAAGCCUUGGGGGAGUUCAGCAGAGCGCAGGAGUGUCACAACCAUCUGCUCCAGAUCGCAAAAGCUCUGGACAACACAAAGGCAAUCUUCAGGGCUUUGGGCAACCUCGGAGAUGUCAGCAUUUGUCAAGACGAUCUUCAGGGAGCCGCCGGCUUCUACCGACAGCAGUUAUCUUUAGCUCACCAGUUCAGCGAUCAGAAGAUGGAGGCGGACGCCUACUCGGCUCUCGGAUCAGUACACAGGCUGCUUGGCCAGCCGGACACGUCCUUGUCCUUCCACAGCCGGGAACUGACCCUGCGCAAGGAUCUGGGCGACCCCGGCGGGGAGUGCCGCGCUUUGGCUCGCCUGGCCGCCGUUCACGCCGACCUGGGAGACGGCGACACCAGCCUGCAGUGCUACGAGGCUCAGCUGGGCCUGGCGCGGCAGCGGCUGCGCGACACCCGCCAGGAGGCCCAGGUCCUCGGAAACAUGGCCAACGCCGAGAUGAACGCGGGCCGCUUUGAGGAAGCCGUCGGCUUCUUGGAGCAGCAGCUGGCCGCCCUGCGGCGCUCGGGUUCCGGAGACGCCGUCCAGCAUCGGGGGCAGGCUUACGGGAACAUGGCCAAAUGCUACGUCGCCCUGGGAGACUUUGACGAGGCCGUGCGGUGCUACCACGAGGCCCUGACGGUGGCUCGGAGUCUGGAGCGAGUUCAGGACCAGGCGGAAGCCUACAGAGGACUCGCCGACGCUCACAGGUCGGCGGGCAACCUGCAGCAAGCUUUGGUGUGCUUGGAGAAGAGGCUGGUGGCAGCUCACCAGCUGGGUGGGCCGGUGGGUGGCGAGGCGCGGGCGUACGGCGACCUGGGCGCCCUGCACGGCCAGAUGGGCAACUAUGAGCCGGCCUUGUCCUGCCUGGAGCGUGGACUCGCCAUCGCUCGCUCGGCCGGGGACAAAUCCCUGGAAGCAGAGGCCAGCGAUGAGCUGGGCCGACUUUACCAACUGAUGGGCGACUACGAGACGGCGCUGCAGUGGCACAGACGAUCUCUGGACAUGGCGGAGCGGGCGGGAUGCGUCAGGGUCCAAACGCGAGCCUCCGCCAACCUGGGAGUGACCUACGAGGCUCUGGGCGACUACCAGCAGGCUCUGCUUCUCCAGGAGCAGCACCUCAGCAUGGCGGCGCAGACCAGCGACUUGCUGUCCAAAAGCCGGGCCUACGGCGGCCUGGGGAGGAUCCACCACGCGCUGGGCAACGCCACGCAGGCUGUCGCGUACCUCCGGGAAGGUCUUCGCCUGGCCGAGCGGUCAGCCGGCAGAGAAGACGAGGCCGAGAUGCGCCACCGCCUCGGCUUGUCUCUGUGGGCUGCCGGGAACCUGGCGGAGGCCCGGCGGCAGCUUCACAGAGCCUCGCUUCUCUUUGAGAGCGUCGGCCGCGAGACGCAGCACGGCGCCGACCGCAAGCGCGCCCUCUUAGAGCUGCAGACGGACUCGUACCAGGCUCUCCAGAGGGUCCUCGUCAGCCUGGGCCACGUGGAGGAGGCGCUGGCCGUAGCGGAGCGAGCCCGGAGGCGGACCUUCGCCCACCUGCCGGUGGGCUCGGACCGGCGUGCCUCGGUCACGGUGGAGCGCAUCCUGGAGACGGUCGACAGCCAGAAGGCUACGGUGCUCUACUUCUCGCUGGCGCGAGGCUUCCUGCACAGCUGGCUGCUGGCUCCCGGCUCAGGCGUCGUCGAGUUCAACCAGGCCCGUCUCGGAGCCGACGACGCGCCGGAGUUCCGAGAUGGAUCCAGCUUGCGGGAGGGCGGCCGGCGAUCUCUAGAGCAGUAUGUCUGCGCCGCCAGAGAGGUUCUGGGAGUUGACGGAAACCUCAGCAGGAUGAACGUGGGCAGCGAGACAGAGAGCCGAGCCGGAGAGGCCGCCGAGCGACGCUUUGACGACGAGCUGGACGGCUACCUGAGCGUGGCGUCCGCCGACAACGUCUCCAACAGCGCCGGCGUUUCUCCGGCCGAGGACGGCUCGUCUUCUCCUCGCCGCCGCCGCCUCGGCGUGGACGCCUCUCCUCUUGCCGCCCUCUACGACUUGCUCAUCGCGCCGAUGGAAGCGGCCCUGCUGCGCGCCGGUGGUCCGGCGGGUCCACGCCGGCAACUGGUUCUGGUCCUGGAUGGUGACUUGUACCUGGUGCCCUUCGCCUUGCUCAAAGGCAGCUCGUCCGCCGAGUUCCUGUACCAGAUGUUCACUCUGCUCUGCGUGCCGUCGUUAGCCAGCCUGCGAGCUUCCGGGCCACCUGCUCCGCCCUGCCGGCUCGCCGGCUCGGGACUGGUCCUGGUGGGGGCGCCUGGCCCGUGGCGGGGCCACUCGUGGGCUCCGCCGCCGUCGGCCCGGGACGAGGCUCUGUGUCUAGGCGAGCGUCUGGGCUGCGUCCAGCUCGCCCACGCCACCAAGGAGCGCGCCCUCGCCGCCCUGGCGCAGGCGCAGUGCGUUCACUUUGCCACUCACGUCUCCUGGAAGCCGGCCGCCCUGGUGCUGGACCCCGGCGGCGAGGAGGAAGAGGGGGGCCGGUGCGUGACGGCAGCGAGCCCGGAAGGAACGAAAGCUUGCGUCGGCGAGGAUGCGUGCGAGAGCCGUCCUCCGCUUCGAGACUUCCUCCUCACCGCGGAGGAGAUCUUGGAGCUCAACCUGAGUGUGAAGCUGGUGGUCCUUAGGUCCUACCCCGAGUCCGGCGUGCGGCUGACGUGCGACGGCUUGUCGGGUCUGACCGGGGCCUUCCUGUGGGCGGGCGUCCGAUGCGUGUGCGUGUCCCUGUGGGCCACGCCGCCGCCCGCUGCCAAACUCUUCAUGCAGAGCUUCUACUCGGCGCUGCUCGAGGGCGCCGCGGCCAGCGCCGCGCUGGCCGGCGCCAUGAGUACACUCCGCGACAGCAAGGACUUUGCGGACCCCUUCAACUGGGCAGGUUACCUUUUGAUGGGCGGCGACGUCCGGCUCAACGGGCCUGAGUCGGCGCUGCGACGGGCCUUGGCGGAGGUUCUCUGCCACGCCGACCGGGCCAGGGACACCUUGAGGGUUCUUCUGCACCUGGUGGAGAAAUCUUUGCAGCGCAUCCACAGCGGCCACACCAAGCUCCUGUACACGUCGCAGCAGAGCGUAGACGAUAAGGUCGGCGGCGUGCCCGGGUGGCGCCCCUUGUUGACGGCGGUGGGUUUCCGUCUGGACGCGGGCGGUUCCGGCCGCCCUGCCGCCGUCUUCUUCCCCACGUCGGACCCCGGAGAACGGCUGCAGCGCUGCAGUCUCACCAUGCAAGCCCUGCUCGGUCUUAGCGCGGCAGCUUUCGAGGCUCUGUGCAAACUGGUGUCGGCGCCCCAAGCGGGAGAGCCACUCGUACGCGAGGUGAGCGAGCCGACGGCUUUGCGCUUGUGUCAGUCCGACUUUUGCUUUCUUCUCCUUUGCUUCCAUACGCGGCAGCUCCAUCAGGUGCUGCUGCCGCUGCAGCUGCAGUCACGUGACGGCCAGAGCGACCAAUCGCCGGCCGACGUCUUAGUGUCGCUCAGCGUGCGUGCGUGGAGGCUUCCGGGAUGCCACGAGUUCCUGGCGGCCCUCGGGUUCGACCUGUGCCAGGUGGGUCGGGAGGACGUUGUGCUGAAGACAGGCAAGCGGGCCAGCAGGCGGGUCAUGGCUUUGGCCCUCCGCUCACUGCUGGCGCUUUUCGACUCGGCAGACCUUCCCGAGCGUGUCGGCACCUACGGCUCGUCCUCGUUGGAGUCUCUGUCGCCCUCUCCGCCGACGCCUCAGCCCACGUCUUAUCCCGCCUCGCCGCCUCGUCCUUCCCUCUGCCCAGACGCGCCGAGCGCCGACGCCAUCUCCGUCUACAGCCUCGGCUCGCUCGCCUCCUCGCUCGGGUUCUGGCCGCGCCCCGAGCCCGCGGGAAGCGAUGUGGUCAGCCGGUGCUCGCAAGCGCAGGAGGGGGCGGCGACGCCUCGCCGCUCCGGCCGACUGGCCAAUCUGGGUAAAGGGGAGGCGGGCGACGAGGACCACCGGGGCUACGCCAUCAUCAGCAGCGAGCCUCUGAGGCCAGAGGACCGUUGCGCCACCGUCAAAGAGCCGCGACGCACGCAGGAAGUCUCGUCUCCUCAGAGGAGCAAAGCGAAGAUGAGCGGCCGCGAGGAGGCGGGCGGCGGCAUACCCGCAGGACAGCUGGACCCCGAGGAGCUGACUCGCAAGAUCCUGGAGGAGACCCGGGUCCACAUGCGUGCCGUGGAGAUCCUGCAGCGGACCCCUGGGCGGCGUUCUCUCUCGACACCCGUCACUCCCAUCCUGAGCAGAGGCGCACGCGCCUUCCAGCCGUCCGAGACCAGCGCCUUCAGCAGACCCCCGAGUAGGACGAGCCUGGCUUCGGCGUCGCUCGGUCCUCUCUCUCCCAGACCGCCGUGCCGCUCCUCUUCCCUGCAGAAGCUGGCUCCACCCUCAUCCCCCAAACAUCUGGCUGGCAGAGCGUCUUCACUUCACCUCAAAGCACCUGCUGCCAGAGAUUGUCACGACAAACCUUCACCUGACACCGAGUCCCGGGUCAAACCUUCAACUGGGAGCAAGUGUCAUCCAAAAGCUGUCAGCAGCGAGUCCCACCCCAAAUUCUCCUUGGCGCCACCCCCCUCCUCCACCACCACCGCCACUGCAACGGUCCCUCGCUUCAAAAGCUUCAAGGCGGCCCGCCAAGACGAAGGCGCUUCCCCCGCCCGCCUUCUUCCGGCAAAGAAAAUGAGCACGGUGAAGAAAGACAUUCUGGGUUUGCUGGACCUCUCGUCGCGACAUAAGUCCAGCGAGACUUCAGACCGUCUCCCCAGUGUGGACAGCAAAGCGCCUUCCGCUUCCAAAGCUUCCAAACGCACUAAAUUUCCUUCUGGCUACAAAUUUCUAGCAGGGCAUUUUUUCCCUUCUUCUAAGUGUUGACAUGAAUAUUGGCACCUACCCGGUUGCCAUGGUGAUUGAUUGACCCUGAUGUUCUCAGAAGGUUGAGAAAGUAUUGCUUGCUAGCUAACAAAUGCUGGUGCGGGUCAAGUGGACAGGAAGAAAGAACACUGUACUUAUAGUUUGACAGAAGAUACUUACACUAUCUCAGUGGCAGAUUUGAUGAUAUAUGCUGUCUGUCAUUUAUUUCACUCCUGUCAUAAAUACGAAGAUGAUUCCAA